AUGGUUUUCUUAACAAGAAUAUGUUACAAAUUAAAAGAAAUCAAACUGCCCCGAAAGUAUCUUCGUAGUAAGUUCAUUGAUUCUGUUCGGCUUCAUGUAAAAGGUGGUACUGGGGGCACGGGUCUCCCAAAGUACGGAGGACUCGGCGGUCAAGGUGGUUGUGUUUACUGCCAAGGAAAGGAAGAUGCCAAUCUUCGAACAAUUAUGUCUCAAUAUCGAGCGAAAACAAUUUGUGGAGGUCACGGCGAAGACAGUCGGAAAGCACAAAUAGUGGGAAAACCCGGUGAAGAUAUCAAGUUAGAAGUUCCUUUAGGUGUAACAGUUUAUGGAGAAAACGGUAAAGUUCUAGGUUCCAUUGAUAAAGAAGACGAAACCCUCAUAGUGGCGCGCGGUGGUCCCGGAGGUAAUAAAGAAAAUAACUUCUUAGGUCAUUUCGGUCAAAACCAUCACAUUCGCCUAGACUUAAAACUAAUCGCUGAUAUUGGGCUUGUGGGUUUUCCUAAUGCUGGUAAGAGUUCACUAUUAAAAGCUAUAUCCAGAGCGAAGCCGCGUAUAGCCAAUUACCCUUUCACGACUAUCAAACCCAACAAAGCCAUUAUACAGUACAGUGACCUGAGACAAAUUUCCAUAGCUGAUCUACCCGGACUUAUUGAAGGAGCUCACGAGAACAUUGGAUUAGGUCAUAAAUUCCUAAAACACGUAGAGAGGACCAAACUGCUGCUCUUUAUAGCUGACAUACAAGGAUUCCAGCUAAGUCCUAAAUAUCCAAGACGCUCCUGUAUCGAGACCGUAGUGCUUCUCAACAAAGAAUUGGAAUUAUAUGAUCCUGAAUUACUUGACAAACCUGCUGUAUUAGCCAUAAACAAAUUAGAUAUAGAUGGAGCUGACGAAACAUUCGAUAGAAUUAAGGAUUCCUUAACAAAUCUUAACAGUGUUAUAAAUACUUUACCAGAUGAAAUCAGACCUGAGAGAAUUAUAAAGUUUGAAGAUGUCAUCGGUAUAUCUGCUUUAAGGGGAAGUAAUAUAGAGGAUCUUAAACAGUUGUUAAGAAAGAGGCUUGAUGAAUAUGCUGAAGAAAAUAAUCCAGAUAUAGUGAAACCGAGCGAGUUACUAAAUAAAAACAAAUCACUCAUACAAGAACGGGGUCCGCAAGUCACUUAA